GACUGUAGUCGCAGGUACGAAAAAAGAACUCCCAGAUUGGGAUCAAACAUUAAAUAAUAGACAGCAGUAACAAAGAAUAUGAUGAUGUGAUGUGUUCCUUUGAAUCUUAGUUGAAUCUUCCCACAAGAUUCUCCAUUCUUUAGGUCGAUUCUCAGCUCAAUGGCUGUGGCGGAGGAGAACGCCGGCGACGGUGCCGCCGCGGCCACGGCCGCCGGAGAGAAGAUCAAGAUCGGCGUCUGCGUCAUGGAAAAGAAGGUGAAAUGCGGAUCGGAGGUGUUGUCUGCUCCCAUGGGCCAGAUCCUUGAGAGAUUGCAGGCAUUUGGAGAAUUCGAGGUUAUACUUUUUGGUGAUAGGGUAAUUCUUGAGGAACCUGUAGAGAAUUGGCCAAUUUGCGAUUGCCUGAUUGCCUUCCAUUCUACUGGUUAUCCACUUAAGAAAGCUGAGAUGUAUGCUGCAUUAAGAAAGCCCUUCCUAGUGAAUGAGUUGGAACCACAGUACCUUCUCCAUGAUAGGAGGAAGGUUUACGAGCGCCUUGAGAUGUUUGGAAUUCCAGUCCCAAAUUAUGCUCUGGUAAAUAGAGAGUUCCCUUAUCAAGAGUUGGACUACUUUGUUGAGCAAGAAGAUUUCGUUGAAGUGCGUGGGAAGCGUUUCUGGAAGCCUUUUGUUGAGAAACCUAUUGAUGGGGACAAUCACAGCAUCAUGAUAUACUACCCUAGUUCUGCUGGUGGAGGGAUGAAAGAAUUGUUCCGUAAGGUUGGAAAUCGGUCCAGUGAAUUCCAUCCUGAUGUUAGAAGAGUGAGGCGCGAGGGGUCUUACAUUUAUGAAGAGUUUAUGUCUACUGGUGGAACAGAUGUCAAGGUAUAUACUGUUGGUCCAGAAUACGCACAUGCAGAAGCACGCAAAUCUCCUGUUGUUGAUGGUGUCGUUAUGCGGAAUCCUGAUGGAAAAGAAGUUAGAUAUCCUGUGUUAUUGACUCCUGCUGAGAAGCAAAUGGCAAGGGAUGUAUGUCUUGCAUUUAGGCAGGGGGUUUGCGGCUUUGAUCUCCUAAGAUGUGAAAGAAGAUCAUAUGUUUGUGAUGUCAAUGGUUGGAGUUUUGUAAAGAAUUCUUACAAGUACUAUGAUGAUGCAGCAUGUGUGUUGAGAAAAAUGUUUCUUGAUGCUAAAGCUCCUCACCUGUCAUCUACUAUUCCCCCGAAUCUCCCUUGGAAAGUGAAUGAACCAGCCCAACCUUGUGAGAACCUAACACGCCAGGGAAGUGGACUCAUUGGCACAUUUGGGCAAUCAGAGGAGUUACGAUGUGUUAUCGCUGUUAUUCGCCAUGGUGAUCGUACUCCUAAGCAAAAGGUGAAGUUGAAAGUCACCGAAGAGAAGCUACUGAAUUUGAUGUUAAAGUACAAUGAUAACCGGCCUAGAGCUGAGACAAAGCUCAAAAGUGCUGUUCAGUUACAAGACCUGUUAGAUGCUACUCGGAUGCUGGUGCCUCGGGCUAGAUCUGGUCGGGAAAGUGAUAGCGAUGCUGAAGACCUUGUACAUGCUGAGAAACUUCUCCAAGUUAAAGCAGUGCUUGAGGAGGGUGGGCAUUUUUCGGGUAUUUAUAGGAAGGUCCAAUUGAAGCCACUAAAAUGGGUUAAAGUUCCAAAAAGCAAUGGUGAUGGUGAGGAAGAGCGCCCUAUUGAAGCUUUGAUGGUUCUUAAAUACGGAGGUGUUCUUACACAUGCUGGAAGAAAACAGGCUGAAGAGUUGGGAAGGUAUUUUCGGAACAAUAUGUAUCCAGGAGAAGGAACAGGAUUGCUUCGUCUUCACAGUACUUACAGACAUGACUUGAAGAUAUAUAGUUCAGAUGAGGGUCGUGUCCAGAUGUCUGCAGCUGCUUUUGCCAAAGGCCUUCUUGAUUUGGAGGGGCAACUAACUCCCAUUCUGGUUUCUCUUGUUAGUAAAGAUUCUUCCAUGUUAGAUGGCCUUGCAAAUGCAAGAACUGAGAUGGAAGAAGCAAAGGCUAAGCUUCAUGAGAUGAUAACCUCAGAAUCUAAAUUGGUUCAAAGCAAUGGAAAUUUAGAAUAUCCCUGGAUGGUUGAUGGCGCUGGGCUGCCUCCUAAUGCUUCUGAACUUCUUCCUAGAAUGUUCAAAUUAACAAAGAAAGUAGCUUCACAAGUGAAAAUACUCGCUAAAGAUGAAGAUGAAAAGCUUACGAUGACAAGUUCAUAUGAGGUGCUACCUCCUUAUGACCAAGCAAAGGCUCUGGGAAAAAUAAACAUUGAUGUAGCACGUAUUGCUGCUGGACUGCCUUGUGGGAGUGAAGGAUUUCUUUUAAUGUUUGCUCGCUGGAAGAAACUGGAGAGAGAGUUAUACAAUGAACGAAAGGACCGAUUUGAUAUUACACAAAUUCCAGAUGUAUAUGAUUCAUGCAAGUAUGACCUUCUGCAUAAUGCACAUCUCAAUCUUGAUGGUUUGCCUGAGCUCUUCAGAGUCGCUAAGUUGCUGGCAGAUGGUGUUAUCCCAAAUGAGUAUGGCAUUAAUCCAAAGCAUAAGCUCAAAAUUGGUUCAAAGAUUGCUCGCAGAUUGCUGGGAAAGCUUUUAAUUGACCUCCGUAACACUCGUGAAGAAGCAAUAAGUGUUGCUGAACUAAAAUCUAAUCUAAAAUCUAAUCCUGAUCCAACUUCAAUGUUCCUUAAGGUGAAGAAAGAAGAGGUUGAUACCCCUAGACGUCUGAGGAAGAAUGAAGAUAAAAGAUCUAGUUCGACUAGUGAAAAGUCACUUGAUGAAGAAGAAGAUGAUGAUAAAGAAACAAAAUACCGAUUAGAUCCAAAGUAUGCCAAUGUAAAAACACCUGAUCGGCAUGUUCGUACGAGGCUUUAUUUCACAUCAGAAUCUCAUAUACACUCUUUAGUGAAUGUUCUACGAUAUUGUAACCUGGAUGAAUCCUUGCAAGGUGAGGAAAGCCUUGUUUGCAAUAGUGCUCUAGAGAGAUUACUUAAAACAAGGGAGCUAGACUACAUGAGCCACAUUGUUCUGAGGAUGUUUGAAAAUGUAGAGGUACCUUUGGAAGACCCAAAGAGGUAUCGCGUAGAAAUGACAUUUAGUCAUGGUGCAGAUUUAAGCCCUCUAGAGAACGAUGACGGAGAAGAUGCAUUGUUGCGUCAAGAACACACACUUCCAAUAAUGGGGCCAGAGAGGCUUCAAGAAGUGGGAUCAUAUCUGACAUUAGACAAGAUGGAGAAGAUGAUCCGGCCAUUUGCGAUGCCAGCUGAAGAUUUUCCACCUUCGACACCGCAAGCCUUCUCUGGUUAUUUCUCGAAAAGCGUGUUAGAACGUUUGGUCAACUUGUGGCCUUUUCAUAAGAACACAGCUGCAGCCCACAAUAAAUAGGUCCCCUUUUUUUCAUGUCAGUUUUUUAAUUUUUUAAACUUUUUCAUUUUAACAUUUAUCGGUUUCGUCUAGGAUUUUGGUGCAGCCUAGAUGAAAAUUUGAUCGUUGCGGAUGUCCUUGCCUGCUGAGUUUUUUUUUUUUUUUGAAAUAUCAAAUAAAUA